AUGCAGAAGGAGCAUGGAUUUUUCAUUGUUGCCCUUAUGGAACCAAUGCAAAAGUUGAAGUUUCUUCAGAAGUAUAGAAGAAGGCUAGGUAUGGAAGCUGCAAUUUCAAAUGUGAAUGGAAAGAUUUGGUUGUUCUUUGAUGCUGUGGUAGAAUGGGAUCUAUUGAUUGACACUGAACAACAACUGACAAUCAGAGUGUACCAUCAAGAACUUGGGGGUGAUUUCAAUGUUGUGAUGGGAGAGGAAGAGAAAAUAGGAGGACUGCCAGUGUAUCCUCCUGAAUAUGAAGAUUUUGCUUUCUGUGUAAACUCAUGUGGAUUUUUUGAUCUUGGAUACAAAGGGAGUCCUUUCACAUGGUGGAAUGGUAGGCCAAAUGAAGAGUGUAUAUUUAAAAGACUGGAUAGAAUCCUUGUGAACAUGCCAUUUCAGAACUUAUUCCCUACUAUUGAGGUAGAACAUCUUAUUAGGACAGGAUCGGAUCAUGCUCCCUUGUUGAUGAGCUGUGGAGAAGAAGCAAUGAAGUUUGUGAAGCCAUUCAAAUUCCUGAACUUCUGGACAAAGCAUGAAUCCUUCAUAGAGGUGGUAAAGCAGAACUGGAGUGCUGAUUUUAUUGGAGAUCCUUUUUUGAUGUUUAAGCAGAAAUUGAAGAGGGUUAAAAUUGCUUUAUCCAAAUGGAGCAAAUUAACCUAUGGGGAUAUCUUCAAGCAGAUGGACAUUAGAGAAGAUGUGGUGAGGAUUAAGGAGAUGCUAUUUGAGGAGGAUCCAUCUUCUGAAAAUAGAGUAGUACUUACUCAAGCACAGGCAGAACUGAAGAAAUAUUUGAACAUUGAAGAACAAUAUUGGAAACAAAAGGCAGGUAUGACUUGGUUUGAAGAAGGAGAUAGAAACGCAAGGUUCUUUCACAAUUGUGUAAAUGGAAAGAGACAAAAAUUAAAGCUGAAAAGGAUCAUGAACAGUGAUGGUGCAUGGAUAGAGGAUCAAGACAAGCUAUCAGAGGCUGCUGUAGAGUUUUUUCAGAAACAAUUCACUGAUGAAGGGGAUUCCACAAGUUUUGAGUUGCUGAACAAUGUUCCUACAAUGGUGACAAGAGAACAGAAUAUGGAAUUAUGUAGAUUGCCAACUGUGAAGGAGGUUAAGGAUGCUGUGUUUGCAUUGAGUAUUGAAAGUUCUAGUUUUGUUAAGGGAAGGAGCAUCUUUGAGAAUAUUUUGUUGACACAGGAGAUUGUUACUGACAUAAGAUUGAGAGGAAAGCCACCAAAUGUUGUGAUCAAGCUAGAUAUGGCCAAGGCAUAUGAUAGGGUGUCUUGGAAAUAUUUGAUGCAUGUACUGAGGAAGAUGGGGUUUGCAGGAUGUUUCAUAAACAUGGUGUGGAAUUUGAUCUCUAACAAUUGGUAUUCAGUGAUUGUGAAUGGUCAGGCUUCAGGAUUCUUUCAUUCUACAAGGGGUGUGAAGCAGGGAGAUCCUCUCUCCCCAGCUUUGUUUAUUUUGUCUGCAGAAGUGUUAUCAAGAUCCUUGAACAAAUUGUUUGAAGAUAGGCAGUUUAGAGGAUUUGGGAUGCCAAAGUGGUCUGAUCCAUUGAAUCACCUUGCUUAUGCAGAUGAUACUAUUAUUUUUGCCUCAGCUGAUCCUUACUCCCUUCAGAAGAUAGUUGAUGUCUUGGCAUUGUAUGAGAGAACCUCUGGCCAGCUGAUCAAUAAGGCAAAGAGUUCCAAUUAUGUGCAUUCAAAGAUUGCUGCAGAUUUGAAGAAUGCAGUAGCCACUAUAACUGGAUUUUCUAAAGGGACCUUCCCAUUUACAUACCGUGGAUGUCCAAUAUUCUACACAAGGAGAAGGAAGAACUACUAUAAUGACUUGAUUCAGAAGGUGAAAGCAAAGCUGCACUCAUGGAAAGGGAAGCUUCUAUCAUAUGGAGGCAAGGCUACAUUGAUCUCAAGUGUACUGCAAAGCAUACCAACUCACAUAUUAUCAGUACUUGAUCCACCAGAUAAUGUGAUUGAGCAUCUCCAUAAAACAUUUGCAAGAUUUUUCUUGAGUAAUAAGGAAGAAGGGAGAAGUAGACAUUGGACAAAGUGGCAGAACCUAUGUCUCCCUAAGGCGGAAGGGGGAAUAGGUUUUAGAUCUUUAUUUGAUGUCUCUAAAGCUUUAUUUGCAAAACUGUGGUGGAGGUUCAGGGCCUCAAAAUCCUUAUGGUCCAAUUUCAUGUGGAAUAAGUAUUGCAAGAAGGAAUUACCAACUGUGGUUCAGUUUAGGGAGGGAUCACAUGUGUGGAGAAAAAUGCUAGAGGCUAGAGAUGAAGUAGAACAUGAAAUACUAUGGGAGAUGAAUAGGGGAUCUACUAAUAUUUGGCAUGAAAAUUGGACUGGAUUAGGAGCAUUAUAUCAUGUAGUUCCUCCAGAUUUUGACAUCAAUGAGGAGCUACAGGAGUUUGCAGUUACUGAUGAUUACUGGGACACUCCAAGGUGGAUGCCUACACCUUCAGGCAAGUUUACUGUGAGUAGUGCAUGGAAGAUAUUGAGACAUAGAGAGCCAGUUAAUCCAGAUUAUGCAAAGCUAUGGACAAAAGGACUUCCUUUCAAAAUUUCAUUCUUCCUUUGGAAAGUUUGGAAGGGAAAGGUUCCUACAGAUGAUAUAUGGAGAGAUGGGGGAUACAUGGUGGUGUCUAAAUGCUGGUGUUGCUUGCCACCUAAGGAAGACUCAUUUCAGCAUUUGUUUCUGACCAGUGAUACUGCAAAAAAGGUGUGGAGUACAUUUAGUCAGGCUGCAGGUUUGGUGAUCAACAUGGUGCAGGUCCAUCAAGUUAUAAAGGAAUGGUGGAAUGCAAAAUGUUGUCCCAAGCUAAAGCCUUUAUUUCAGGUUGCUCCUGCAGUAAUUCUUUGGGAAAUAUGGAAGAGAAGGAACACAAUGAAGCAUGGAGGAUUAGUGUUUUGCAGCAGGGUUAUACAUGAGGUAAACAAGACAUUAUAUUAUUUGGCACAGGUGAGGUAUCCUUGGCUUCCUGGGAUUCCAUUGUUGUGGCCUGAGAUGAUCAGAUUCUUUGAGCAAUAUAAGCCUAUUAUAGUGACAAGAAUGGUUACAUGGCAGCUUCCAUAUGAUGGUUGGUUUAAAUGCAACACAGAUGGUGCAUCAAAGGGGAAUCCAUGUCCUAGCUCGUAUGGCUUUUGUGUGAGGGAUCACAGAGGAGAUUUGAUAGCUGCUAGGGCAAGGGAGAUAGGUGAUACAACAAAUAUUGUAGCUGAAGCAAAGGCAAUUCUUCAUGGACUGUCAUAUUGUGUGGAGAGGCAAUUGCAUCCUUUGAUCAUGGAAACUGACUCUUUGGUAAUGAGGAAGAAUAUUGAAGAUGAAUGGGAGACACCAUGGAGUAUAGGGGCAGAAGUGCGAAGGAUCAAGGAGAUCAAAAAAUUCCUACAAUGUACAGUCAAUUUUCAAUCGUUUCAAGAGGUACCAUUAGAAGGAAGAACAUUGCUCAAUAUGGAUAAAUCACAAAUUCCUAACUUAAGAGUUAGGAUUGCCAAAAGGAAAGCACCAGAUUAA